AUGCUUGUUUAAAACUAUGAGAAUACAUACAUACUUGAUUAAUUUUAAACGAUUGAACUAAAAAUUAUAUAAAAAUCAAAUAAAAGAUAUUUAAUUAAUUAAAAGAGCAGGAAGAAAAUAAUGAAAUUAUUAAUAUUUUUGAUAACUCUUUUAUCAAAUAUAGUCUUGAUAACAUCUGAAUAUUUAAUAAUUGUUUAGAUGGACCUCUUUUAAGAAUUAAGCCUUUAUAGCUCCUACUUUACAGUUGCAUUUACAAUUGUGUUGUACUUAUAGAUUCUUAGAUUUACUAACACUAAAAGCCUAAAAAUGUAUGCCUUUUUAGAUUUCUUGAAUAUUUCUUUUCUCUAUAGUUGUUUUUUAGAUUUAAAUGAUUCAAUUAAAUAACUGUUUAGAUACAAGAUCUACAUCUACAUGUAUCACAUGUGUUAUUAGUUAAUAUUCUUUUUCUGGUUUGGAGAAUUACUUUAUAAUCCUAAUCAAAUAGUAUCUUUGCGAUAAGUAUUUACAAUUAAUUUCAUGCUUCUAACUGUUCUGGUAUGCUCACUACUAUUUAUUACAAAUUAUAAUUCACCUCAAGAUUAAAACUUGUAUAUUUUCUUUUAAAUCUCUUUAACCUUUUUGCCAUAUUAUCUAAGCUUAGUUACUUUUACUCAGUAUGAAGAUUUUUUUGGGGUCAAUUUAACAUUCUAUAACUUAAUUAUUGGAAUUUUCAUUUCUUUUAAAGUUAUUGCUGGACACAAGUAAUUAAAAAAAAAGCUAAUCAUGUUUUUCAGUGAUUAUUAAUUAUCUUAGUAUAUUGCAGUAAAGAUUUGUUUACAUUUUCAGAAAGUUAAACUUAUUAACAAUUACUACUAUAUUUGA